UAUAUUGUAUAUUUUAAUGCAUUUCUUUCUUUGGCAGAGUAAUGCACAAACGAUUGCUGAGUUUCUGGCGUCCCAUCCACGGGUGACGAAAGUUAACUAUGCAGGCCUUGUUGAUCAUCCUGGACAUGAUUUGCAUUUUUGUCAGGCUACAGGUGCAGGAUCUGUGUUGAGCUUCUUGACUGGCUCAAUUGCACUAUCAAAGCAUAUUGUCGAAAGUACCAAGUACUUCAGCAUAGCAGUCAGUUUUGUUUUCAUCUGUUAACAGGGAGUGUGAAGUCUCUCAUAAGCCUGCCCUGCUUCAUGUCUCAUGCUAGCAUACCAACUGAAGUGCGCCAGGCCCGAGGUUUAACUUAAGAUCUUGUUCGUAUAUCAGUUAGGAUCGAAGAUGUGAAUGAUCUGAUUGCCGAUUUAAACCACGCACUUAGAACUGGACCUGCAUGACAAUGUUCAUUCUUGUUUGACUGUUAAAGAACAACUACUUGCAUCUGCCGCAAAAUGCGUGCAUAUAUGCUGAAAUUUAUGGAAGCUGUUAGUUUUAGCGGCAAUUCUUAAUAUGAUGUUUUGCAGUCAUCUCCCAAUUUUAUUUCUAUAGCUUUGGAUGACCAAUGAUAGCAAAUAGUUUGAGUGUGAUUCAUUUUGAACCAACUUCAUGGCUUACCUGUGUGAUUAUAUAUUGAUGUGAUAAGUGAAUAUUCAGCCAAGAGUAUGGUCGCAUAAAAUGGUAAUGUUAUUUGCUGUGAUAACAUGAAUGUUGUGUAUGUAUGUUGUCAGGGAGAAAAAGGUUGUGAAA